GUGUUGUUCAAAUUAAGAAAAUACUUAAAUGAACAAAUAGAUUACUUAAGUUUCUGAUUUUUCAUUUGAUCCAGAGUUUGAAUUAUAUACUGAUUAUUAUCAAAAUAAAAUAGCCCAAGUAACCAAUUAGGGAACAGUUCGUAUAUUUGAAUUGAUAAAUAAAAAAGAUAAGUAGAUGAAGAGGUUAGCGGCAGAAUUCAAAGCCCAUUAGGGACAAAUAAAUUCAAUGUCAUGGUUAAGUCCAAAAUAUGAAAAUUUGAUUGCUACUUGUGGUUAAGAUGGUCAAAUCAAAAUUUGGAAGGAACAAGCAAAUUAAUGGAAGGCUGAAAAAGAAAUAAAACUAAAUAAUUUGUCAGCAAAUAUUAUUCAAUGGGCGGAAAAUAAGUAUAUUUUGGCAGUAGGAUAUAAUAAUGGAUACUUGGAAGUAAUAGAAGGUUAGGAAUAUAAAGUAACUAAUACUAAUGCUUAUAAUUAAACAUUAUUGUGCUUGGAUUGGUUAAAGAGUGAUUAAGAAUAAAUUAUAGUAACUGGAGGGAUAAGUGAUAAUCAAUCAAUUGUUAAAAUAUGGAAUGUGAUUUCUGAUUAAUAAACCAUUAUUGAUAAGGUCUAUGAGUACAAUUGCAGUUAAAGAAUAAGACAUGUUAAGUUUGCCCCUCAAAUAUUCAAUUCAGAACUCUAAUUAGCAAUCAGUUAUGGAAAUAUAUUAGAGAUUUUGACCCUUCGUUAUGAUGUUGAUUUUACCAAACCAAUAGAAUUAUAAAAGAUGUAAUAAAUAUAAUUGAAUAAUGUUUGCUAAAAGAUUAGUUGGUCAAUAUUAGGAAAUGAACUCACAAUGUAUGUUGAUAAUUAAAUGCUUCAAUAUUACUAAAACGAAGAAAAUCAGUAUCUAAGAUAAAUUUGAAUAUGUUCAAAUUAAUAACAUAAGUAUAAUAUAAAAAU